UCACUAAAGCACGGUGUGUGUAUUAAUUGUGUGUUAUGGUAGCAGACUGCACACAGGCACGGUCCACCUCUGGUUCUUGUCCCACUAGUGACGGCCCCACGGCGGUGUAUGAACAGGCAAUCAUGUCCGUGGACGACGUGUACGUACUGCGACCCUUCAAGCUGAUCGCUCUGCUGUGUGUCUUCUUGGCUCUGUGUCUGGACCUGGUGGCUCUGCUUAGUCCAGCCUGGGUCACCGCCGACCACUUUUCCCUGUCUUUGUGGGAGUCUUGUUCCCAGUCCGAGGCGAGACAGCCGGACGAGGACCCUUCGUGGAGCUGCUUCUCCACCCUCACAUCUGACUGGCAGAUUGCCACCUUGGUGCUGCUUCUGACCGGCGCCGUGGCAACCUUGGUGGCCUUCUUGGUGGGGCUCAUUUCGCUGUGCCACGGGACGCAGAGAAAACACUACCGCACAGUGGCUGUAUUCCUCUUCACCGCAGUUGUGCUGCAGGCCUGCGCUCUAGUCUUGUACCCCAUCAAAUUCAUAGACGGGACAGUCCUGCAGACGUAUCAUGAGUUCAACUGGGGCUACGGCCUCGGCUGGGGAGCCACCAUCUUCAUGCUGGGCGGAGGAGUCCUCUUCUGCCUGCGGACGGACAUUUAUGAGGAUACCAUGUACUGAUACAGCCCUCUCCCUAACCAAACACACCUAGAACUCUGUACAUAGACCUUCCUCGGCCCUCUUGGUUAUUUUUAGUCCGGUUGUGAAGACCUAAACUAGGCCAGGGCUGUUUCAAUAGAGCCCCCUUUCACUCCUACCACCACAAUCAGCCUGACCAGUAUCAGGGUGACUUUUCUGGAUGAGCAUGAGUUGCUGGACAUUUCCACUGCAUGGUGACCUGCACUGCUGUCCAUUGUUGGACAAGCAGGACACUCUGCUGAACAUUUAAAGGCAACGGUUUGUGUUCUUCUAGGGUUUCACAAGUAGGGCUUGUUUUUUCAUGUAUUCAUGGCACCACUCUCCGCAAACAUAUCACCAUUAGUAUGGCAAAUUUUAUAUAUGCUGGAUAUUUAUAUAGGUUGUUUGUCUCAAGUAAUGAUAAUGUAAAUGUGUAAAAAGUGUUUCUACAUGAAGGAAGUUCUUCAAUUAAACAAAAAAAACUACAGUGAGUGCCGAGUUAUUGUUGUUUUCUGCCAACAGAGGCUGACCCAAAUGUAAAAACAAAAACAUGAGGGGUGCCCCACCUUUUUCCAUCAUUGACUAGCACCCAUUCCAC